UGCACCGCCACCGGUGCACUCAUCGUCAUCCUUGGCAGUGCGGCCACACAUCGGAGACACUUUGAUCUACCCUAAGACGGAUCCGUCGAUCGAUGCUUAAGUAAGCUGGACUCGAGCGGUUAACUCCAGAGAUGAGCCGCAACAAUGGGAAGAGCCCAGAGAACCUGAAGCCGACGAGGUUGAGAGGAGGGCCAUCGACGAGGCCGGCGGCGGCGCACGACGACGAAGAGGAGUCCCCCAAGAGGUCCUCGUCUUCUUCGUCGUCGUCAAGGUCGCCGCCGAGUUCAUGCGUCUCAUCCGAGGGUGAGCAGAAGCCGUCCAACAGUCCCGAGGCGCCGCCGAUGGUGCUCGCCGGGUGCCCCCGGUGCCUCAUGUACGUCAUGCUCUCGGAGGAGGACCCCAAGUGCCCCAAGUGCAACAGCACCGUGCUCCUCGACUUCCACCAUGGUAACAAACCCACCACCACCAACAGCAAGACCAGCAAGAAGAGCUGAACCCUAAAGACGACGCUGCUUAUAUUCUCAUUAUUCCUAAUGGUUCUCUCUUCCUGCAUGUUAUUUAAGACGAUGCGCAUUAUUCGAUCAAAGCUAAUAUGCAUGGUAGUUUCUCUC